AUGGCGCUUAAGCUCUUGGCGGAAGUGAGCCCGCAGGAGUUGCUCGUAGCUCUUGCGGAGCUCCAGAACCACGUGCUCGGCUACGUCAAGUCCAUGUCGCUCAAGUGCGCCGUGGACCUCGGCAUCACCGACGCCAUCCACCGCCGCGGCGGCACCGCCACCCUGGCCGACAUCGCAGCCGACACGAAGGUGCACCCGGCCAGGGUCGCCGACCUCCGGCACGUCUUGGAGCUGCUCAGCGAGUCGGGCAUCUUCAGCGCCACCGUCUGUGCUCCCAGCAGGAGAUGGCGAGCAAAGACGCCGGUGAGCUCGUCGCCGCGGCUUAUUACAUCCAACACUCGCGCCCUAAUCCGCGACUCAGAGCAGCCCGGCGUCCUCGACGUCAUCCACGAGCAGGGCUCGCUCUGUCGCCGGUGCCUUCUUGAGUUGCGAGCACUCGCGUUUGAAAUGUCCGCGUUCGCUGCACUUGUAGCACCGUCCCCGCCGGUUGCCGCCGAGGCCCGAAGCUUCGUUGCGCACGUCAUCGUCAUCGUCCCGCGCUCCACCUCGCCGCUGCUCCCGCGCCCGCCAUUGUGCCGCCGUGUACAGCAGCUCGCCGCCCGCCUACCUGCGCUGACGCAGCCGCUCGUCGAACGCCUUCAGGCGUCCCAACACGUCCUCGAACAGCAGCGUCGAGAGGUCACAGAACUGCUCCAUCCCGGGGACCGCUGCGUACAAGCGAUCCGGGACGCAGUCCAGCAGCUUCUUCACCAUCGCCGAGUCGUCGAGGGUUGCUCCCAGCCCGGCGUAGCGCGCCGCCAUGCCGCUGAUCUUCCCGACGAAGGCGUCCAGCGACUCCCUGCCGUCCAUCCGCAGGAGUUCGAACUCGCUGCGCAAUGUGCCCAGCCGCGCUGCCCGGACGCGAUCGGCCCCGACGAACUGGGCCUUGAGGCUGCUCCAAAUCUCCGCCGCGGUCUUCUUCGCGGCCACCUGCAGCAGCAGAUCAUCAGCGAGCGCCCGGAGCAGGUAAGCCCGCGCUGGCUUAUCCUCGUCCAGAUCGGCCUCCACCUUGAUGGCCGAGGUGGUGUAGUUCUCCCCCCUCGUCGCCGCGGCUUAUUACACCCAACAAAUGACGCCAUAACCGCGGACAGCGAGCUCUUCCUUGAGGUCAUCCUUCUGGAUAAAGGCCGCAUCUUUUGCGGCCUGAGCUCGCUCGUGGACGUCGGCGGUGUUGGCGCUGCCUCUCCUUUGAUCGCCAAGGCGUACCCGCGCAUCGAGUGCGCCGUGCUGGAGCCUGGACUGGACCUCCCUCACGUUGUGGGCCAGGCCGCCGGUGACCAUGAUAAUCUCCGUUUCGUCGCGGGUGACAUGUUUGAAUCCAUUCCACCCACGGAUGUUGUCUUGCUCAAUAACAUCAUGCAUGACUGGGGUCAUGAGGAUUGCGUCAAAAUACUUCAACGUUGCAAGGAGGCCAUCCCCGUCAAGAAAGCUGGAGGGAAGGUGGUAAUCAUAGAUAUGGUGAGAGGGUCUACAGAUGGCGAUAGAAAGAUCAGUGAGAUGGAAGCCUUACAGAACAUGUUCGCAGUGUGCAUCAAUGGGGCGGAACGGGACGAGAGUGAGUGGAAAAUGAUCUUUUCUAAUGCUGGAUUCGGUGACGACUACAAGAUCAUGCCGGUGCUGGGUCCGUACUCAGUCAUAGAGAUCUACCCACGAAAGCUUUGCAUGGCGAACUAUACCUUAUUAUAA